UCAUCCAAAAAUUCAGUUUCACAGUCUAUUUUAGCAAGUGUACGAAUUAACAAAAAACCAAAGCAGCCAAGAUGAAAACCGAUUUUUCGUUCAAAGGAAUGUUGGUGCCAGUGUUUACUCCAUUUUUGGAUGACGAAAAACGCACCAUCAACUUCGACGUCAUCGACCGUUAUGUCCAACACUUGAAGAACGCUGGAAUGAAUGGAAUCUUGAUUAAUGGUAUGAUCGGUGAGGGUAUGCUAUUGUCGCUUGAGGAACGUAUGCGUGUAACUGAGGUGUGGCUUGAAGCCGUUCGCAAAUACGGUCUCGUGUUGAUUGUCAACAUUGGUGGCAUCGAUCUUCCAAGCAUGUACAAAUUGGCCGAACACGCUGAAAAACUGCAAGUCGACGCUGUCUUGGUUAUGCCAGACCUCUUCUACAAGCCAAUCGUUGAAGAAGAUUUGGUGUUGUAUUUGAAAGACCUCGUAAAGAAAAUGCCAACGCGUCCAGUCUUAUACUAUCAUACUCCAUCGAUGAUUAAAGUUCGCUUGGACAUUUUUCGUUUGUUGAGCCUUUUGGAUAGAGAAGUUCCAAUGAUUGCCGGAAUUUAUUGGGCUCAUGAUCAAAUCGAUCGUCUAGCGUUGAUCAGAGAAAAAUUACCACGUUACAACUACAUCGUUGGCAGCAUGGCAUCGAUGGUUGGAUACAUGUCUGAAGGAAUCGAAGCAAUUUCAUUGCCAUUGAUGAAUAUCUUGCCGGAAUUAAUUCGCGAAUUGUAUGAUCUAAUGAUGAACCGUAAAUUGAACGAAGCCAUAAUUGUUCACAAAAAAUUGUUGAAACAUAUUUGGGAAUUGUUGCAAGUCGAUUCGGAUCUGCGAGUUAAUAUCGAUUUUAUGUUAAUAUUGCGUCGUGAACUGGAGAAAAUUGUACCAGCAAUUAAAUUGGGCCCACUGCGCAGGCCACACUUGAGCAUGAAUCAUUGGUUGUUGUAAUCAAUUGAAUACAUCAAACAAACCGGUCGGACCCAUGCAUCUGCUAAUGGUAUCUGCUAAUAGACAGUGCACAUUAAAAAUGUAAAAAAAGAAUCAAACAUAGUUGAAAUGUAGAAAAAGCCUUUUUAUGUCUGAAUAAAUGCAAUUGAAUCCGCAAAAAA